UUUGUGCUUAACGGGUUGCUUGCUGAUUAAUAAGCUUAGACUGAACUUAAAAAAAAAAAAAAAAUCAAGAUGAUUCCUGCAGUUACGCUUUUUAAUGGAGCAAAGAUGCCCAUAGUUGGUCUGGGAACCUGGAGGGCUGAACCAGGGAAGGUCAGUGAGGCAGUGAAGGUGGCUAUAAGCAAUGGCUACAGACACAUAGAUGGAGCCUUUGUGUAUGAGAACGAAGAAGAGGUCGGGGAAGGAAUCCGAGCUAUGAUUGAACAAGGAGUGACCAAAAGAGAGGACUUAUUCAUCGUCAGUAAAUUAUGGUGCACAUUCCAUGUCCCAUCCCUGGUAAGGGGAGCAUGUGAGAAAACUCUAAAAGACCUGAAACUCGACUAUGUGGACCUUUACCUGAUACACCACCCAGUAGGGAUGCAGCCAGGGGAUAAGAUCUUUCCAUCAGAUGAGAACAAUGAAACACUUACUGAUGACAGUUCCUUCUUGGACACAUGGGAGGAAAUGGAGAAACUGGUGGAUGAUGGUUUGGUCAAAGCCAUUGGCGUCUCUAACUUCAACAAAGACCAGAUUGAAGCUAUUCUCAACAAGCCUGGCCUCAAAUACAAGCCAGCCAAUAACCAGAUUGAGUGCCACCCAUAUCUAACCCAAGAGAAGCUGAUCAACUACUGCCAAUCAAAAGGCGUCACAGUCACAGCUUACAGCCCGCUGGGCUCUCCAGACAGACCCUGGGCUUCCUCUGAUGACCCCCGUCUUCUAGAGGAUGCUACCAUCUUGGCUAUCGCUAAAAAGUACAACAAGACUCCAGCACAGGUUCUCAUGCGGUUCCACACACAGAGGAAUGUGGUAGUCAUUGCCAAGUCAGCAACCCCUAGUCGGAUUAAGGAGAACUUCCAGUUAUUUGACUUUGAAUUAAGCCAAGAUGACAUGAAGACUAUCCUGGGUUUGAACAAGAACUGGAGAGGAUUUCCAGCAUCGUGGGCAGCAAAGCAUAAAGACUACCCUUUCAAUACAGAAUACUAAACAAAAUGAAGACCGUUUAAUUCAUCAACCUUCAAUGUGAUAAUUGCCCUUCUGUGGAGCCUGCAGGAAAUCCUACAUAAAUGUGUUGGUGGAUCAGUUAAAAGUUAAAUAUCUCUGAUAUCCUGAUUUUGAAAGCAAAUAGAAAUAAAAAGGAGGUAAAGGGUUUAAAUAGAGGCUGAUCAAAUCAUGUUGAUUAAACAAAAUGCAACAACUAAAAGUAACCAGAAUGUAAAAUUUCUUUGUGUUUUUUUAUACUGACAAUUGUAUUUUUUCCCUGUUUACCAAAUUUGUUGAGUAAAGACUCCCAUUUUGAGAUGUGAUAUUAAGGUCUACG